CAAAAGUUUUGAUUCUUUGAACUUAUGCCUACCUCCAGCAGUCGCUCCAGAUACAAACCAACUAGAUCUGAUAGACACGACCGCAGAGAGGAGUUUCCCAGUCGCAUCGAUGGCCGUUACGAACAUGAGCUGCCGGAGAGUGCUGUUAGGAGCUCUAGGACCGCCAAAGCUUCCAGGGGGCCUCGCAACCAAAACGACCAUCCGCGUUCGAUUCUCAAACAAGAAGGCCCUCGAGUCCGUUUCUCCAACGUUGUUCAUUAUCAGCCCCAUACUCCGUAUGUUGACGGCCUAGAUAACGCGACUUCCACGGGCGACGACGGCAUCGAAUCGGGAGAUUCAGAAGAGGAGGAGAAAUCUGAAGAGCUGGAGAAAGAUGGAGACCCUAGUAAAGGAAACGAAGACUCGUGGGGAGGAGGCCGCAGUGACCUCGGCGAAGUGCGAAAUAUGAAAGACAUCCCGGAUGCCAAUUAUGCCAACAUUAUAGAGCCGGUUGAAUUUAAGGGUGACGAAGAAGACCGUAUCGGAGAGGAGUCUCAAGGAGAAGAAGAUGACCCUGAGCUUUCCGACAGUCGCGUAUACGAUGGAUAUCCUGCUAAAUAUCAGAGGUGGGAGCCUCGAGAGUAUGGAAAGCACGAAAGCUACGAAAACAACGACAGGUCUUCUUCUAAAUACACCUCCUCAGAUGACGACGGCUCAUCAGAUGACGUGGAUUCUGAAAGGGAAAGAUAUAAGGAAGACAACGACAAUAUUGCUGGGUGUGGAGACUUCAGUGAAGAUGAAGAUGGCGUUUGCUCGGAGCACGAGAACUAUGGUUUCGAAUAUCAGAAUCAGGAGGAUAGAAUACAAGAAGACGAAACCCUCGAAGAUAGAAUUCAGGAAGACACGGAUUCGGAUGAAGAGAUUCAGGAAGCCGAGGAUUCAGAAGACGAGGAUUUAGUUGUCAUAAGAUAGGGAGCCAUCGUUGAUUUUGUAGAUGGAAGCGAUGUCUUCAGGAUCCUCCAUGAUAUACCAUCUUUGCCCAGCGACGUCACUGGGGGCUUUAAGCCAGGAAUGGUAGGCGCUAGAAGAUAGACGAAGGGUAGAGUAAGAAUCCAGUUUGUAUGUACAUACAACAUAUAGAUC